CUCGGGUCAGGCUCCCGGCUCCCGGCUCCCAGCGCCCGGCUCCCUGCGCCUGGCUCCCCGCGUUCGGCACCCCGUGCCCGGCACGGAGCCGUUUCCCUAAGGACGUGCAGCCGAGGCGAGGGGGUGUGAGGACGCGGGAGGCAGUGUCGUCGGAUCCGCCCGCAGUCCGCAGCCCCGCCGAGCCUGGAAGCUGCCGGGAUGGAGCCGCGGCUCCCGGUUGGAGUCCAGCCCCUUGCCGGUAUGGAGAUGAAGGGUCCUGUCCGGGAGCCCUGCGCCCUGACCCUAGUCCAGAGGAACGGGCAGUAUGAGCUAAUAAUCCGGUUGCACAAGAAGGAACAGCAUGUUCAAGAUAUCAUUCCUAUAAAUAGCCACUUUAGAUGUGUUCAAGAAGCGGAAGAAACUCUUUUGAUUGACAUAGCUUCAAACAGUGGCUGCAAAAUUCGGAUUCAGGGGGACUGGACCAGAGAGCGCCGCUUUGAAAUCCCUGAUGAGGAACACUGUCUGAAGUUCCUCUCAGAGGUCCUUGCUGCUCAGGAAGCGCAGUUACAACUUCUUGUUCCAGAGCAAAAGGACUCAUCCAGCUGGUACCAGAAAUUAGACACUAAGGACAACUCUUCUGUUUUUUCAGGGCUUCUUGGAUUUGAGGAUAAUUUUUCAUCUUUGAAUUUGGACAAGAAAAUAAAUUUGCAGAAUCAGCCUACAGGGGUUCAUCGGGAACCACCACCCCCACCGUCUUCAGUGAAUAGAAUGCUUCCACGUGAAAAAGAAGCUUCUAACAAGGAACAGCCCAAAGUGACCAAUACCAUGCGGAAGCUCUUUGUACCAAACACCCAGUCUGGGCAGCGGGAGGGUCUCAUCAAACACAUCCUGGCAAAGCGAGAGAAAGAAUAUGUCAACAUUCAGACUUUCAGAUUCUUUGUUGGAACAUGGAACGUGAAUGGCCAGUCUCCAGAUAGUGGGUUAGAACCUUGGCUGAACUGUGAUCCGAAUCCUCCUGAUAUCUACUGCAUUGGAUUCCAAGAGCUGGACUUGAGCACAGAAGCCUUUUUCUACUUUGAAUCUGUGAAGGAACAAGAGUGGUCCUUGGCUGUGGAGAGGGGUUUGCAUUCCAAAGCCAAGUAUAAGAAAGUUCAACUGGUCCGUCUUGUUGGGAUGAUGCUCCUGAUAUUUGCCAGAAAGGAUCAGUGGCGAUAUAUCCGUGAUGUUGCUACAGAAACAGUUGGGACUGGAAUCAUGGGGAAGAUGGGAAACAAAGGUGGGGUAGCUGUGAGAUUUGUAUUUCACAACACUACCUUUUGUGUUGUCAAUUCCCACUUGGCUGCCCACGUGGAGGACUUUGAGAGAAGGAAUCAAGAUUAUAAGGACAUCUGCGCACGAAUGAGUUUUGUGGUCCCAAAUCAGACCCUCCCACAGCUGAACAUCAUGAAACAUGAUGUUGUCAUCUGGUUGGGAGAUUUGAACUACAGACUUUGCAUGCCUGAUGCCAAUGAAGUGAAGAGUCUUAUUAAUAAGAAUGACCUUCAGAGACUCUUGAAAUUGGACCAGCUAAAUAUUCAGCGCACACAGAAAAAAGCUUUUGCUGACUUCAUGGAAGGGGAAAUCAAGUUUAUCCCCACGUAUAAGUAUGAUUCUAAAACAGACCGAUGGGAUUCCAGUGGGAAAUGUCGGGUUCCAGCCUGGUGUGACCGAAUUCUCUGGAGAGGAAUUAAUGUUAAUCAGCUUCAUUACCGGAGUCACAUGGAACUGAAAACCAGUGACCACAAGCCUGUUAGCGCCCUCUUCCACAUUGGGGUGAAGGUUGUGGAUGAACGAAGGUACCGGAAAGUGUUUGAAGAUAUUGUACGCAUCAUGGACAGAAUGGAAAAUGACUUCCUUCCUUCAUUAGAACUCAGCCGGAGGGAGUUUGUGUUUGAGAAUGUGAAGUUUCGGCAACUACAAAAGGAGAAGUUCCAGAUCAGCAACAAUGGACAGGUUCCCUGCCAUUUUUCUUUCAUCCCUAAGCUUAAUGACAGCCAGUACUGCAAGCCAUGGCUUCGGGCUGAACCUUGUGAGGGCUACUUGGAGCCAAAUGAGACCGUGGACAUUUCCCUUGAUGUGUAUGUCAGCAAAGACUCUGUGACCAUCCUGAACUCAGGGGAAGAUAAGAUUGAAGAUAUUCUUGUCCUUCACCUGGAUCGAGGCAAAGAUUACUUCUUGACCAUCAGUGGAAAUUACUUCCCAAGUUGUUUUGGUACAUCCUUAGAGGCUUUGUGCCGAAUGAAAAGACCAAUCCGAGAAGUUCCUGUUACCAAACUCAUAGACUUGGAAGAAGACAGCUUCCUAGAAAAGGAGAAAUCCCUGCUGCAGAUGGUUCCCUUGGAUGAAGGUGCCAGUGAGAAACCUCUUAAGGUGCCCAAGGAGAUCUGGCUCCUGGUAGAUCACUUAUUCAGACACGCCUGUCACCAGGAGGACCUGUUCCAAACCCCUGGAAUGCAGGAGGAGUUACAGCAGAUCAUUGAUUGUCUGGAUACCAGCAUUCCCAAGACAAUCCCUGGCAGUAAUCACUCAGUGGCUGAGGCGCUGCUCAUUUUCCUGGAAGCCCUGCCAGAGCCUGUCAUCUGUUAUGAGCUCUAUCAGCGAUGCCUCGACUCUGCUCAGGAUCCCCGGAUCUGCCGACAGGUGAUUUCCCAGCUUCCAGGAUGCCAUAGAAAUGUUUUUCGUUACUUGAUGGCAUUCCUUCGAGAACUGUUAAAAUUCUCCGAGUACAACAACGUCAGCGCCAACAUGAUCGCUACUCUCUUCACUAGUCUCCUCCUAAGGCCUCCACCCAACCUUAUGGCAAGACAGACUCCAAGUGACCGCCAGCGUGCUACCCAGUUCCUUCUGAGUUUUCUGCUUGGGAGUGAUGAAGACUAAUAACAAGCCUUUUCCUCUUACUAGUCUCCAAGAUUCUAGAGGCGGAAGAUCUUGGGCACCAAGUAUUUCAGAAUGAUUUGAAAAGAUACGCCACAGGAAGGGUCUGUUGGAGAAUUUUGAGGCUGUUGGCAUGAAAAAGUUCUGUUUCUAGUGCGAAAGGAAGCGAGUUUCCUAAUCCCUCCCUUACCAUAUCCUACGCAGCAAGAUACUUUUAGACUUAUAUUGCCAAGCCAAAGUUACCAUAUUUUGGUGUUUUUCUGUUCUCUCUUUGUAAGGCAAAGAAAUCUGUAUUUACACUCCUUUACCUUGGGAUGUGUUUGUUGCCCUCCUGCCCAGCUGUCAUGAUUGUCCUUAGCACCCAAGGCCUGAACUCUGAGAUGUUCCUGUUCUAGGCCUACAAGCACUACUUGCUGUAGCUCAGACUUGUCUGUAGUCCUUCGUCUAAAGCACUUUGGCCCCACCCCCUCCCCGUAUCACCCCUUUGCUCUCUACUCUGCUCAUACUAUCAUGUCAAAAGGAGUCUGGGUGAGGCUAGUGACUCCUUGGGUGUCUCCAAAAGCGAGUUAACCAUCUCCAUGUGGUUGUUACAUGCAUUUGUGCAUCUCUACUACAGUGGCAUCUGUACAUUUCUCUAACAUUGGCCUAUUAUGGAUCUGCAAUGGGUGGAACCAUAUUCUCUUGUCUCAGACCACAUUUAGUAGCAGAAUGUUAGGGACUGUUAGAGAUGACAUCUCAUUGAUGUGAGAGAAUCACAGUCAGAGUGGAAGCACUUUGAGUGUUUCAAGAGUGAGACUAUUCAUGCUCAGCAGGUCCUGCUUCCUACCAUCCAUUUUGGUUCUUAUUCAAAUUUUACAUGAGAACCAAUCCUGGGUGUCUGUGGGGCCCAUACCCUACUUAGAAAUCCACCUCCAGAGCAACACUUGCACCACAGUCAAAAAGGGAGGCUGCACCUCAAGUGGGCCCCUCUGUAGAAACUGCUCCUUCCCCCAGCAGGGGCAUUGAGGAUAACCCUUAGAACCCCCCUCUCUGGGCUUCCCUGGUGGCGCGGUGGUUGAGAGUCCGCCUGCCGAUGCAGGGGACGCGAGUUCGUGCCCCGGUCCGGGAAGAUCCCACAUGCCGCGGAGCGGCUGGGCCCGUGAGCCAUGGCCGCUGAGCCUGCGCGUCCGGAGCCUGUGCUCCGCAAAGGGAGGGGCCACGGCAGUGAGAGGCCCGCGUACCGAAAAAAAAAAAAAAAAAAAACCACCCUGAGUUGACUCCUUGUCAUGUUCACAUGAAAUCCCAGGAGCCUCAUGUAUAGGCUCUGUGUGUAGUCUUGGGCAUUGACUCUUCUAGAGCAUCAAAGGAGAGAGCUGCGGAAGCACCGCCAUGAGUAGUUCUCCAAUUCCCCCAUCUCUUAUGCGUUGAGUCCUUUGGGGGAAGAAAAGGUAUGUGUAUCCUGUGAUAUUCUGGCUAAAGCCUCUCCUGAUUGGGAAUUACAGAAGUAGGAGUCAGGUUAUUGGUUGCCAAAUCGCUGCAGAUCUGUUAGGCCAGGGACUGGGUGUUGAGCUUAGUUAAUGGCAGCCUGAGCUGAACAGUGUUGUCAUCUUCACUAGUCCAGAAGGGGAUCGCUGGAGAGGCGGAUGAUGGAAGCUGGGGCAAGGUCGUAACACAGAGACAGGGAAAUGCCUGUCCUAGACACAUUUCCCAGUCCACUGCCACCCGGGGCCUUCAGGUGGUCAGGGAUGUGGUUAAUGGAGCUGGGUGCAGCAUCCGGCUCACUCUCCAGAAGGCAGACGCACUCAGUUGCUUUACUGCCUCAACCUUCCUUCCAGCUCUGGUCCUGGGAUGUACACAGGGUUGAGGGUUUUAGACAAUCUCUAGGGAGGGGGGACAAGAAAUAGAGCAGACAUAAGAAAUCUGCUUCCCUGCUGUGCCUACUCCAGCCCCACCCUCUAAUUCGUAAGUACCUCUCAUGUACUAUUUCCUAGCGCCUCUGAAGUAAGGAGUUUAGAUCCAGCUGGUAGGGAAGGACUCUGCAUCUAUCGCUUCUAGGGAAGAAGCAGUUCAACCCCACGUGGUGAUGUUGCUAUUAGUCUCCCUUUCACUGUUUCCUGAUUCUUAUUCUGUAAUUGUUUGUUGUAUUUCCUCCAAAUGUCUUGGUCACUAGGCAAAGCUGCUAGUGGGAUUCUGUAUUUCAUGUCAUCUUUUUUAUUAUAAUUUAUUGCAAUUUUUUUCUGAAUAAAUAUAUGUU